AUGCCUGGCCGCAAAACUUCAAAGCCUGACAUCGAAGAGUCUCGUUUCGAUUAUCACGAUGAUAUAGGCGCCACACUUCAGGAGGCUAGGACGAAUGGUGCCGUCUCUAUUUCUGCGGAUCUCUUCGAGAAGCUGUAUCUUGCUCCCAAAACGGACGUCAGCGGUCAACUGAGAAGAACGUUUGGAAACCCGACUCCUAUUGGUCUUGUAGGAUUCUUGCUCGCCUUGACGCCCUUAUCAUGCGAUCUGAUGCAAUGGCGAGGCGCUGCUAGCAGUGGCGCGAACGGCAUCCCACAGUUCUUCUUCUUCGGAGGCCUGCUCCAAUUCACCACUGGGCUCCUGGAGUUCGUGCUUGGGAACACUUUCCCCUCCGUCGUCUUCUGUACAUUUGGCGCAUUCUUUUUGUCACUCGGUGGCACCCUCAAUCCAUCGUUCGCGGCGUUCUCGUCGUUCGCUCCAGCAGGACAGGAUGCCUCCGUUGGUCUGACAACACAGGCAUUCAAUGCCGGGUUCGUGCUGACACAUCUUCGCUUCCGAGUAGGCUUCUUCCUGGUCUUCAUGGGAGUUGUGUCGUUCAUAUUCUUCGUCUGCGCAUUCCGCACGAAUGUCUGCUUCGUCAUCAUCUUCCUGACCUUGGUUCUUACCUUCUCCUUCCUGACUGUGGCGUAUUGGCUGCUCGCCGAAGACUUUGCAGGGAAUGCGUCGACGGCCAACGACUUUGUCAUCGCGGGUGGAGCCAGUGCUUUCGUUUGCUGCGCAGCAGGCUGGUGGAUACUCUUCGCCAUUGCUCUCGAGUCUGUCGACUUCCCUUUUCAGCUACCAGUCGGAGACCUCAGUCGCCUGAUCAAGCCGAGAACCAAGUCUUUACCAGCCCAUAUGGUGCUGGCUAUGACGAGUUUGGCCGUGAUCUAA